AUGAUUUGAGGAUUGUUCAUGAGGAUCAUUUGGGAUUAGAGACAAUCAACAUUCAAUAAGAGGAGUACUAAAACACACAAGUGAGUUUCUCAUCAAAAUUUGAAAAAGAAUGGCUGGGGGAAGUUUUGCUGCUUACGGCCGGAGAAAAAUCUACGAAGAUCGUGUCACUACCUUUGCGGUGAUCACUUGUAUAGUUGCUGCAAUGGGAGGUCUCCUCAUGGGAUAUGAUAUUGGAAUUUCAGGAGGCUUGACCUCAAUGGAAUCAUUUCUGAAGAAGUUUUUCCCAUCAGUUUUAGAAAAGAAGAAACGUGCGGCUGCUCAUGAAAGCGAGUACUGCAAAUUCGAUAGCCAGCUACUAACAUUAUUCAACUCUUCGAUCUACCUUGCCGCUUUGAUAUCCUCCGUUUUUGCUUCUGUGGUGACAAUAAUCUUUGGUCGAAAAGCUUCCAUGGUUAUUGGAGGCAUUGCUUUUCUUAUUGGCUCCAUCGUUAAUGGUAUUGCCAUGAAUAUGAUAAUGUUAAUCAUUGGCCGCUUGAUGCUUGGUGUGGGUGUUGGAUUUGUGAACCAGUCUGUUCCGGUUUAUAUAUCAGAAAUGGCACCAGCUAAGAUUAGAGGAGCUUUGAACGCUGGUUUCCAAAUGGCCGCUACCAUUGGGAUUCUAACAGCUUCUUUUAUCAACUAUGGGGCAUGGGAGAUAGAGGGUGGAUGGGGAUGGAGAAUUUCUUUAGCUCUUGAAAGCGUUCCUGCGAUAAUGGUGGCUAUCGGAGCUGUCUUAUUACCGGACACUCCCACUUCCAUGAUUGAGAGAGGCUACAUUAAACAGGCAAAACUAAUGUUACAAAGGAUUCGUGGCACUCAGGAUGUCAAUGAUGAAUUCAAUGACCUCGUUGAGGCAAGCGAAGCUGCAAAAAAAGUUGAAGUACACCCUUGGAGGAGCAUCCUCGAGCCAAGACAUAGGCCUUAUCUCGUCAUUUGCACUCUCGUCCCGUUCUUCCAGCAGCUCACUGGCAUCAAUGUUGUCGUAUUUUAUGCGCCUGUUCUCUUCAAGACUUUAGGCUUAGGUCACUUCGCCUUACUUAUGACUGCGGUUAUAUGUGGUUUAGUGAAUAUGCUUGCCACGAUUGUUGCCAUCUACUCAGUUGACACGACGGGAAGAAGGAUUUUAUUCCUUGAAGGCGGCGUGCAAAUGUUUCUUUGCCAGAUUGUGUACGGAACCACGAUAGCCUUGCAGGUUGGGACCAAUAGUGAGGGGACCUUAUCAAAAACCGCGGCCAAUCUUCUGUUGUUGCUAAUCUGCUUGUACGUAGCAGGAUUUGCGUGGUCUUGGGGGCCAAUGGCAUGGUUGAUACCGAGUGAGAUUUGCCCUCUAGAGAUCCGAUCAGCUGGACAAGCAAUUAAUGUCUCAGUUAACAUGCUCUUCACCUUCAUAGUUGCUCAUGUCUUCCUCUCCAUGCUUUGUCACACGAAGUUUGUUCUCUUCUUCAUCUUCGCCGGCUUUGUUUUGACAAUGACCAUUUUCAUUGCCUUGUUUUUGCCUGAGACAAAGAACGUCCCCAUUGAAAUGAUGAACACAGUCUUGAAGGCACAUUGGUUCUGGGGAAAGUACAUCCCAGAUGAAGACGUCAUCGGCAACCCAUCUUCCAGAGGCAAGGCUGUUUCGUAA